AUGUCAUUAGCUGAUAUAAGAGAAAUUUUAGCAGAUCCACAUAUUUUUUCAGCAGCUUUAGAUGCUGCAUUUCAUCUUGCAGACGCAGAUAGUGAUGGUUUUAUUAAUUUUGAGGAAGCCUUGAUAGGAAUUCAAUGGUUUGUUUCAGAAUGUGGGCUUAAUGAAUUUAAGCUUGAAGAUGUAAAAAUAGUCUUUGAGGGUUUCGACUCAAAUUUAAUUGAGAAUAUUUCCUUUACUCCCCCCCAUCCUUGAUCGAACGACUCGCCAUCGUUCGAUCAAGGAUGGGGUUAAAAAAAAAAUUUUUCGGGAAAAAAAAUUUAUAUAUAAAAUAAAAAAAAAUAUAUAGAUAUUUUUUUUUAUAUUUACUUUUAAAUAAGAGGGUUAAGAAUAUUUAAUAAUUAUUUUUACAGCAAAAAAUUUAAUUUAUUUCAUAAAAUACCAAUUUUUAAUAUUUUGAUUUAUUAGUUACCCCUUUAAACUGUAUAAAUUUUAAUUUGCUCCUUAUUAAAUUAAUUUUUUUUAAAACAAUUUUUAAAGAAUCUGUAUUUUAUUAGAUUAUUGAGUUUUUAAGCAUAUGUUAAUGACUAAAUCACUUCGGAUGGUUGAUUCCGCAGCUUUCUGUCGUCUCAAAGCCUCUGAAAAUAACUUCAUUAUGCACAUCUUCCCAAGCUUUUGAUAAAUAAUAUAAUAUAUUUUUAUAUAUAUAAAAAUUUGCAUGAUAUGAAAAUCGUUCGAUUAAGGAUGGGGGUUAAUUUCCCCAAUUUUUAGGGAUUUUUACAGUCAAUCGUUCGAUCAAGGAUGGGGGGGGAGUUAGUAAAUUCGAAGAAUUUGCUAAACUUACAACAAACUUUUUAACAAUUUUUUAA